AUGAUAUCGGACAGGCAAGUGGAGACCUCAACGGCCCCUGGCGUGGCGCACGUGCCGGGUGCCGUCAGGAGACCACGAGAUGAGAACAACGUGGAUGAACCAUGCGUAUGGAGUAUAGAGGUGGAGGCCGUCAAGGAUAGCAUGGGAGAUGUUGCUUCUUCCUAUGCUGACUCGGAUAUCAAGCGUGACAUCGCCCCCAUUUUCUCCCGUCUGUUAGCUCCAUUAAAGACGAACGACGCACGCCAUCCAACCAAGCUCCAAGUGGAGCACAGCCGGGGCUCUGGACCAAAGCUGGGAUUUUACCCCUGA